AUGAUGUAUUUCUCAAGCCGAAAGAGCCUUUGUCGGAUAUAUCUUGUGACGGUGCUGCUGAAUUAUUGCUGGGAAGCGGUGUGUGGACAGCUCUCGUAUUCCGUCUCAGAAGAGGUAACCCCGGGGACGUCUGUUAGAAAUAUCGCCAAAGAUUUAAAUCUCAGUGUCCAGGAGUUAGAGUCUCGUUUGUUUCAGAUUGUUAGUGGUUCAAGCAAAAAAUAUUUCGAUGUAAAUCUGAAGACGGGUGUUCUUUAUGUCAAUGAAAGGAUAGACCGGGAAGAGCUUUGUGCGAAGGCUACAAAAUGUGCUUUAAAUGUCGAAGCCGUAAUCAACGACCCACUGAGGCUUUACCGCAUAGAGAUCACUAUAAUAGAUAUAAAUGACAAUGCACCCGUUUUCUCUGAGCAAUUGCAGUCACUGGAUAUUGCAGAAAACACCUUACCAGGAGUGAAAUUUGGACUGAUAGAGGCAUCGGAUUUGGAUGUUGGUAAGAACAGGGUUAAUACAUACAAGCUUAGUAAUAAUGACUAUUUUUCUUUAGAAAUACACAAGGGGGGAGAUAGUGUGUCUGCCGAGUUAGUACUGAAAAAAUCUUUAGACCGCGAGCAUGACUCUCUUAUAAAACUCACUUUGAUUGCAGUAGAUGGAGGAAAUCCAUCGAAAUCGGGAACUUCACAAGUUAUUAUCAACGUUUUGGAUACAAACGACAACCAUCCAGUUUUCAGUAGCUCUUUAUAUAAAACUCAGAUUUUUGAAAACUCGCCACUAGGUUCUACAGUGACCAUUCUGAAUGCAACAGACGCAGAUGACGGUAUAAACAGUGACAUAGAAUAUUCAUUAAGAAAAAAAGGUCAGGAUCGUGUAUUAGAGUUAUUUGAAAUUGAUUCUAAAACAGGUGCAAUUUUAGUCAAAGGAAAGAUCGAUUACGAAGAAAAUCCUGCGUUUGAGAUUCAUGCACAGGCCAGCGACAAAGGCCAGCCUCCGAUGUCUGCUCACUGCAAGGUGCUGGUAGAAGUGGUGGAUCUCAACGACAACGCUCCUGAGAUCACUGUGACGUCACUACUGAACACAGUGAAGGAGGACGCUGAAGUAGGUGCUGCCAUUGCGCUCGUUUCAGUGCUGGACAAAGAUGGUGGGAAAAACGGGAUAGUAAAGGCUGUAAUCGCAAAUGAUGCUCCCUUCAAAUUAGACACAAAUUACAAAAACUAUUAUUCGUUAGUCGUUAAUGGUCCGCUUGACAGAGAAACGAUGGCCCAGUAUAAUGUCACUAUCGUGGCAACAGAUGAAGGGACUCCACCUCUGUCCAGCACCAGCAUCGUGACUGUUGACGUUUCCGAUGUCAAUGAUAACCUGCCUCGCUUCUCAGAGCCGCUGAUUAAUGUUUAUGUGAAAGAGAACAGUCCAGUAGGAGCAGUUAUAAAGACAGUGUCUGCAGCUGAUGCCGAUAUCAGUCGAAAUGGUGAGGUGAGCUAUUCAUUUUUUAAAAGUAACAGUGACUCAGUGCCACUCUCGACUAUGGUGAACAUCAACUCAGAGACUGGAGAUAUAAUCAGCCUGCAGUCUUUUAACUAUGAGGAGUUAAAAGCCUUUCAGUUCAAAGUUCAGGCCACAGACUCUGGUGUUCCUCCGCUCAGCAGCAACGUGACUGUAAACGUUUUAAUUCUGGAUGAAAAUGACAAUAAUCCAACGAUUCUCGCGCCAUAUUCUGAGCACGGCUCCGUCAACAGUGAGAGCAUCCCAUAUUCUGCUGAAGCGGGAUACUUUGUGGCAAAGAUCAGGGCUGUAGACGCAGACUCGGGAUACAAUGCGCUGCUCUCUUAUCACCUGUCUGAGCCCAAAGGAAACAACCUCUUCCGGAUCGGAACCAGCACCGGAGAAAUCAGGACUAAGAGGAGAAUGAGUGACAAUGACCUGAAAACUCACCCCUUGCUGGUCUUGGUUUCUGAUAACGGAGAACCCUCCCUGUCAGCUACUGUGUCUAUUGACGUGGUGGUGGUCGAAAGCACAGCUGACAUCCACACUCAGUUCAGACAUGUGCCCAUAAAGGAGGACAGCUUCUCUGAUUUAAACCUGUAUCUGCUGAUCGCCAUUGUGUCGGUCUCACUCAUCUUUCUGCUCAGCCUCAUCAGUUUAAUAGCUGUCAAAUGCCACAGGACAGACGGCACCUUCAGCAGGUACAGCGCCCCAAUGAUCACCACCCACCCUGACGGGAGCUGGUCUUACUCCAAAUCUACUCAGCAGUAUGACGUGUGUUUCAGCUCAGACACGCUGAAGAGUGACGUAGUGGUUUUCCCCGCACCGUUUCCACCUGUAGAUGCUGAACUGAUCAGCAUUAAUGGAGGAGACACUUUUACCAGAACUCAGACUUUACCAAAUAAAGAAAAGGUAAGAACAUGA